AGAAGCUGAGAGAGAGAGAGAGAGAGAGAGAGAGAGAGAGAGAGAGUGUUUGUGUUUAACAGAUGAUAUAUUUGCAGACUGCACGCGCUUCUGCUUUCAUCUUGAACGAUAUUAAUGCUGUCUGAUCCAUGUUUAUAGCUUUAUAUUGCAGAGCUACAGAUUUUCAUUAGCGCGCUGGCGCCAUGAAAUGAUUUCCCUUCAUGUCAUCUAACACAUAAAUAGCUGUGCUUUGGUCGGUGAUAGAAGCAGCAGCGGCGUAGGGCCUCAGUCCUCGGUGUAGAGUUGAACCCUCAUCCGGGAUUCAAACUCCUGGGUGUUUGUGCGAGAAGAGCCUUGGCCAUGGGCGACAACAGAGAUUCUCGAAGUCCAGACAGCUCUUCUGUGUCGUCACCACCUUCAGGGAAACAAUCGCCUGCUCUGGUUCCCUCAGCAGCUGCUAUAACCUCACUGCCACCCGUUACUUCGGCAGUCAGCAGUCCGAUUAGCAGCAUGGGAUCACCCUUUUCUGUCAUCAGCUCUUCUCUAGGUUCCCCAUGCCUCCCUGGGACGCCAUCAGUGGGUUACGGCCCUAUUAGCAGUCCCCAGAUCAACUCCACGGUGUCCAUGUCCGGCCUGCACGCCGUCAGCAGUUCCGAUGAUGUAAAGCCGCCGUUUGGCCUGAAGCCACUUUUAAGCCACUCCCCUGGACCUACACUCUCGCAGAAACGGCUUUGUGCGAUUUGUGGCGAUCGCUCCUCUGGUAAGCACUAUGGUGUCUACAGUUGUGAGGGAUGUAAAGGCUUCUUUAAGCGCACGGUCAGAAAAGACCUGAGCUACACAUGCAGAGAUAACAAGGACUGUAUGGUGGACAAGCGCCAGAGGAAUCGCUGCCAGUACUGCCGCUACCAGAAAUGUCUAGCCAUGGGCAUGAAGAGAGAAGCUGUUCAGGAGGAGCGUCAGAGGAACAAAGAGCGAGACGGAGAAGUGGAGUCCACCAGUGCAGUGAAUGAAGAAAUGCCAGUGGAGAAGAUCCUGGAAGCGGAGAUGGCUGUGGAACAGAAGAUAGAGCUGCAGUCUGAUGGAAGUUCAGGCACCAGCUCUGAAAACGAUCCUGUCACGAACAUCUGCCAGGCAGCUGAUAAACAGCUCUUCACGCUGGUGGAGUGGGCCAAGAGAAUCCCACACUUCUCAGAACUGGCUCUUGAUGACCAGGUCAUCCUUCUACGUGCCGGCUGGAAUGAGCUGCUGAUUGCCUCAUUCUCUCAUCGCUCCAUCGCUGUGAAGGAUGGUAUUCUGCUGGCCACUGGACUCCACGUCCACAGAAACAGUGCCCAUAGCGCAGGAGUGGGAGCCAUCUUCGAUAGGGAGAGUGCGCACAAUGCAGAGGUUGGGGCCAUAUUUGACAGGGUGCUGACUGAGCUAGUGAGUAAGAUGAGGGAUAUGCAGAUGGAUAAGACUGAACUUGGGUGUUUAAGAGCCAUCAUCCUUUUCAACCCAGAUGCGAAGGGGCUUUCAAACCCAAGUGAAGUGGAGUUACUGAGAGAGAAAGUCUAUGCUGCACUAGAAGCUUAUUGUAAACAGAGAUAUCCUGACCAGCAGGGCAGGUUUGCCAAGCUCCUCCUCCGACUGCCAGCAUUGCGCUCCAUUGGUUUAAAAUGUCUGGAACACCUGUUCUUCUUCAAGCUGAUUGGUGAUACCCCAAUUGACACCUUCCUCAUGGAGAUGCUGGAGGCUCCCCAUCAACUGACCUAAUCUGGACCACUUUCUACCCAGUUGUAUCUGGUUAGCACCAGGGUGUACCGGUAGCCUGGACAUUGGGGCUUCACUGUGUCUGUUCAAUCUCCCUGCUUACACCUUCCUUUAUUCUCUCCUUUUCUUCUCCCUUCCACGUCGUCUCCUAUGCUAGUAUUGCGCCAAAAAGACUUUCAUCUCUCAGAAAACGAAGCGGGGGACAUUUUUCAUCGGGGGACACGUUGAGAGAGAUCCGUAUUUUGCAAAUAAGGCUUUUCGAGGUUGUUUUCGGUUUUACACUUCCAUUCUCAGAGCCUUUUUAUUGAUGUUGGUGCUCAGCUAUGUUAGUUUUUAAUCUGCUACAAAAGAAAAAAAAUACAGCUGGUACGUUUCUUUUCUCACUACAGCUCGUUAGAAAGCUAACGAGUUGAACGCACAGCUCUCAUGCGCAGGACGUGAAGUUUCAUCACUCGCUGUAACCUUAAAGCGGCCGUCACACCUGAUGCGAAUAAAAUCUGCCUGGUGAAAAAGCCAGUUCACUUGAAUGGAAGAGGACAUGGUAUAUGGUGGGGGGUUUUGUGGGGGGGGUUGCUUCCUGUAGCAGUUAAUUUCUCCUCAUCAUUCUUCUCCGAUUUUGGUUUUUGUGUCGUGUUCAUGUAGAUGAAACUUAAGCCCAUGAAUCUGCAAAUCUUGGAUUAGAAUCGUGGGCCAAUAGAAAACUAGAGCACGGUGAUGGAGUCGUGUCUUUCUGGAGUAACUACUUAUGAUUACUGUAUUACUGUUUCCCUGUUUUUCUACAGCAGUGUGUACAUGGAAUUGGUUAGCAGGAGCUGAAGAGCUGUUCCAAUCUCGCUAUAUGAACCUCCUAAUAAUAUUCUACUUAACAAGCUAAAGGCACUUAGCAGUCUGAGAUGAUUAGUCUGCAUUGGCAAGGUUAGCUGUUCACUGAAUCAGUUGUUUCCUUCAAGGUCUGUCCAUAAUCAACCGACUUUGCUCAACCCUGGCAAAUAAAUUCACAAAACUCUGGUGUGCUUGCUCCUUCAUGCUACACCACCAGUGAAAAUGAAAAUUUUUUUAAUUUAUUUAAUGUUUUGACGAUACCCUGGUUGUUUGUGGGCAUUCCUGCGUUUUCAGUUUCCUACCGUUGUCACUGUGAUAUUCGCACAAGCUAGCUACAGAACAUAUCUAAAACACCCGUUUGAUCGCAAAUCGUACGUCUUCCCACUUCUGGAGGGAAAUGCUUCUGUGCCACGUAUCAGAACAAAAACAACAUUUUGUGCUUCACGGUUUCAGCGAAAACACCAGCACUGUUGCAUUUUGGGUAAACACUUCAAGCUUGUGGCGGCACAGCGAUAAGGAGAGACGAGUAGGAAUAAAUUAAACCAAAACACACGUUCCUGGAUGGGGGUAAGGAACGUACCACAGUUCCUUGGUUAGGCGCUAAAUUAUUCUGCUUCUUCUCAACUUAAAUGUCGCUCGUCUUUGUCGUAUCUAUUGCCCCGCCCUCUUCACGCCGCUACCGUUUGCUUCGCCUAGUGUCUCCCCAAAUCAACAGCUCUAACUGAAAAUGACUGACUUCUGGCAGCUUCCUCGUGUUGUGUUGCUGCGGUCGGUCUGAGUGCAGGGUUACUGAUGACAGCAGCAGACCUGUGUGUAACAGGUAACUGUACAAUUUAACAUUCUGGGCCUCAUGUAAUCACGACAGUGUUUAUGUGAGACUUAGUAAAUCAGGUGCGGACCAGUGAGGGUCCUGUGAAAUUCUUGCCAGGCUCUUCGUGAACAAAUCUAUGUGGAAUGAUUGCGGGUGUGUGUUUAUGAUUCGUGGCCAGAGCAAGCCCUUUAAAGACACAGCUGUUUUAAUGUCAUUUGGGGUCUUUAGUGGGUGGUGUGGUUCCCUCCUCAUAUGGUCCAUUGCUUGGGAAAUUACCUGCUACAUUUUAAAACCAAACUUAACCCCAGACCUACACCUUGACCCCAGGUUUGCUUUGAAAAGUGUGUGUACUGUGAUGUACAAUAUGUGAAUUCAAUCACUUUUGAAAAAAAUAUUUUUCAUGUGCCAAAUGUGACUUUUUUUCUCUCUCUCUCUCUUUCUCUCUCUCUCUCUCACUCACACACACACACACACACACACUAUAUGGUGUUGAAAAAUAGUGAUGAUAAAAAAAAAAACCACAGGUCAGUAGGUUAAGUCCUCUGAGGGUUCUACAUUCCAUCCGUAAUGGUGUUUUGUGCUUUUCUCACAUUAGAUGACAAACACCUUUUUAUUUUAUUGAUUUAGUUAAAAAAAAAAAAAAACAAAACAACCAAAACUAAAAAAAUUGCCCUUUUAAACUCACAUAACUCACACGAACUUGUUUUAACAGUUGUUAAUAUAAAUGAAUUCACUUUGUAUGGUUUAACAGUCGAAACCAGCAUCUUGGCAAUCUAUGCAUCUAUUUGUAGAAAGACAAAUAUAUUAAUACUGUGUGCUUAUUGUCUUCUUAAUUCUGUACGUGUGCGCGCAGGCCAAGCUCAAAACCAAGGAGUAGUUAAAUGCAACGAAUUUUAACUGAAGUGGUUGUGUACCAGCGCACGACCUGCAGUUGGUCCUUGGUCUGUAACUUCAUCCAUCACGACAUCAGUUCAGGCCUUGUUGCUGAAUCAGCUGUGUAUUAUGAUUUUUAACAAUGCAUGUACUUCAUUUAUAAAUGUCCUGGAAAGUAUUGUCAGUAACAAAGGAUGAAUAAUACAGAUCAAACAGAAUGUUCUGUGAUUGUGAAUGUAUUUGGAAAUAGUGGAAUUUGCCAUUUUCCCAGGGAUUUUUUUUCGUUUUUAAACUCUAUUUCCUCCCCAAUUUUGGCUCUCUCCUUAUCCCAUGACGACUACUGAUUCAGAAGAGUGACUGUGAACACGUGCUUCCUUUGAGGCACAUGAAGCCAGACGACACAGUCGGAGGAAAGUGCCAUCUCUCCUCUUCUGCAUAGAUGAGCCCACAGACUCCCAUGAUUGGCUAGUGUCGCAGGGGACAAAACACUAUGCCCCUCCCACCCAGACAGCUCGACCAGUUUGCUGCCCUGUAUCAAGGCCACCGAUAGCUGUGACAUCAUCAGGAUUAGAACUUGCGAUCUCCUGACAAUCGAGCAAACACAGGAUCUAUUUAGACGUUAUCUAAUUUCUUUUUGAGGAGGUCCUGUUUAAUAGUUUCACCGGCUUUCAAAAAUUCCUCAUUCACCUCUUGUAAGUGCACAUUUUCUUCUGUUCUGUUUCCAUCAGUGGUGUUUUUAAGUUCUGGUGAAGGUGUAAUAAAGCACCUGAUCACUUCUUGCUGUGGACACUGGUACUGAUGAGCUGCUGUCUGAAGUGUGUGUGUGUGUGUGUGUGUCUGUGUGUGUGGAGGGGGAGGGGGGGUGCUUUCUUACGCACAUCCCCAACUUCCCAUACAUGUUUAAGUGCACCAGUAGUACAUUGUGGCCGUGCAAAAUUGAAUCUAUCGGAGGUGUUUGGGAGGUAUUUACACCCUGGACUGAGAAACAGACUGUAGUGGACCUACUCUUGAUGCCGGGUUGUCAUGAUUUAAGAGAACUAUUUUUGUUUGAGAGUCACCUUGCGUUUUCCCAAGGCUGACCCUGACUCUUGUUUAUGGUCCACUAUUUUUACUCUACAAAGCGAACAUUCUUAGUCGCCUGUUAUACCAGAAACAAUGUUAUACUUAAAAAUCGGGUGUAACAUCGGUUCUCUGCCAUUGAUGAGCAUGAAUAGCACGCUGUGCUUGUUAAGCCAGGGCAACAUUUGUAAAGAAUUACACGAUACAUACAAAUCAUGGGAAUCUUUUGUGCUUUCUAAUAUUGUUUUGUGCUAAAGUUUGUCACACUAAGGUCUCCUGAAAUAUGCACAAAGUGUACAAGUCCUAUUCUUUCAUAAAACAAGCACCCAUUAAACAUAAGACAUGAAAACAAAAGGUCACUUUUCUCUCGCCUUUUUCC